GUAGAAUGGCUUUGGACACGAUUAAUACCACACCUUCUAGUGGUGCUACUCUCGAAUCUACUGAAGUAUUUAAAAUAGUGGACAAGAGUGCUUUUACAAAAUUUAGUAAAUUUAUGUUGACUGAAGAAGAAUUUACCUGGCAUUUAGAAGGAAGUUCUAUGAUUAAGGUUUCUGGUUUGACCAUUAACGACAUUGAAUUAUCAAAAGAUGUUACUUUGAAUGGAAUGAAUAAUUUUCCAAACGUGACUGUUAAUAAUUUUGAUGCUCCUUAUGACCAUCCUGAUGGUGGAAUUGCAAUUUCAAUUAUAUCCACGAUAAAUAAUCCUUCUCACAUUAGUGUUGAAUUAGGCGAUAUAAUGUUUGAUAUUGAUCAUAUGAAUCAAAAUAUUGGUCAAGUUUUUUCAAAAAAUUUCACUCUUAUGAGGGGUGAUAACAAACUUUCUUUAGAAGGUCGUUUGUUACCUCAAAAUUCAUCUGCUGGAGUAGCGGCUGUCAGUGAUAUGUUUUCAAAAUUUAUUACUGGCGAAGAUUCUUUAAUUGAG